AUGGCGAGGAAAUCAAAGAAGAGAGGAGAGGUUAAGGAGAGUGAUAACAGGCAACAGUCUGGAACAGAAAGUGAUCAUUCAGAAGGGAAGCUAAUUCAUGGUGACGGUAAUUCGAGGAAGAUCCAGCUCAGCUCAAACUCAGGUAAAUCAUCUAAUUCGAACUUGAUUUUUGAAGAUAUGUGUAAACGGAAGGUGAUUGGGGUUGGUGAGAGCUCAGAUGCUAAGAAUCAUGGUAGAUCUGAUAAAUCUGAGGCUGAAAAUAAGCUCAGAGCAGCAUAUGCAAGAGUUCUAGUGGAGGUUGAAUUCAGGGAGAAACUUAAAGAGGAGGUAUGGUUUGAAGAUGAAACAGGAAGCCAGUUGAAAAGAAGUGGACUCUCAAAACAGAAGGAAGUUAAGGAGUCUAAACAAGCAGUGGUGGUGGAAAGUCCAAAGCAGCAAUAUCCAAAUACUAAUACAGCAUCAUUAAGAAAGGAGAGUACCACUGAGUAUGGAGAAGGAAGCAUACAGAUAUUAAACCAUAAAGCUCAAGGGAGAAGCAUACUUUGGGAGAGUCUGAAAACUCUUUCACAUGGGAUUAAUGAAGCUUGGUUGAUAUUAGGGGAUUUUAACUAUGUUAUGCAACAGAAUGAGAGAUUGGGUGGCAGGGAAGAAAUGAAUUCUGAUUCUGGGAAAUUUAAACAGCUGGUUGAGGAAUGUGAAUUAUGGGAGAUGUCAAUGCAAGGAGGAUUCUUCACAUGGAGCAACAAGCAAUAUGGGGAUAUGAGAAUACUGUCUAAGUUGGAUAGAAGUUUCAUCAAUGAACAUUGGGAGAAUGUUUUUCCUGAGGCUUAUACCACAAUAUUGAAUGCAGGGAUUUCAGAUCAUAAUGCUCUUCUAGUAAAAUGGGGAGAAGAAUAUGUUGGAAAGAAGAAAUCCUUCAGUUUUUUUAAUAUGUGGUUACAAGAUCAGGAAUGCAAAACCAUAGUGAAAGAAUGCUGGCGUAAGGAGGUGGAGGGGACAAGCCAAUAUAGAAUGAUCAAAAAGCAACAAAUGUUGAAGAAACCACUCAGAGACUUGAAUAAAAGGAAAUUUUCAAACAUUGAAGAGGCAGAAUUACAAUGGAGGAAAAAAUUGGAAGAUGUACAAGAAGCCUUGAAGACUGAUCCAUUUAAUACACAACUUCAACAGGAGGAAAAGGGAUUAGCACUGGGAAAUGGAGGCAAACAGUAUACAGCAAGUAGUGGAUACAAAUGGCUGAAAGGAGAAAACAGAAAGGAUCAUGCAGCAAAGACUGUUGGACAUGGUGAAAGAUUGGCUGGGAAUAACUAUCAUCCCAAACAAGUUGAAUGUCCAGGAAAUGCUGCAACUGUGGAGGAACAAAAAGGUGCAAUAGAGAGUGUUCUAUACUCUAUUCAUGCUACUGUUUACCAUGUUUGGAUGGAAAGGAAAUACAGAAAAUUCAGAGAUGUAAAAUUUGAGGUGGAAUGCUGUUUUAGCAAAAUUCAGCAGGAGACUAGUGCCCUAAAGGAGCUUAGAACAAAACAUAGGCACGGACGGAUCAGCGCAAGCCACGACCUUAACCGCAACCCAGACAGAUCACCGGAUCCUGAACCAGAGGAAAAUGUUGUUGCUGUACUUGAUCUUCCUCGUGGACCCAAACCAGUGGAAGAAUUCAAACAGAACGAUCUCGCUAUAACAGAGCACGCAGAGAUGGUGGAUGCAUUCAAGAAAAGAAUGGGAUACAGUAAUAAAUUCCUGCCAACGAGAUCCAUGGCGGCACAAUUAGUUGCUAGUCGAAAAGAUUAUGGUGAUGACUUCAAACAAGAUUUCCUGGUCUUCGUUGCCGCUGAAAGCAGGUUUGCAAUAAUAAUAGAACGGCUGCAACGACAAGUAGCUGACCAACAACAACAACAACACCAACAAACUUGUGACAACACUGUACAAGCUCCAAUUGAUCCUACAAAUUUUCAAGACAUUGAAAUUGACAAAGCACAGGGACUGGAGCAAUUAAGCGAGACAAAUGAUGGGGAUUCUCUUCCAGUACGGAAAUUCGUGCAUACUUCAAAAGAAGUGGUUGUUGAUGAACAACAAACUCAAUCACAAGUACAUGGAACGAAUAUGUCCACAACAAAAAGGAAGAGAAACCAAGAAAAGCAAAAAGCUUCAAAAGCUUGUGAAAGAAGAAGAGGAGAAAUGGCGGACAACAGAUCCCAUCAAGAUUCCACUGGCCAGGACAGAGACACACAAGUGGAAGACAAGGCAAAAUCCAAUCAAGAAUCAACCAAAAUGGAUUCAGGUGUGACACCCACAACAAACCAAACUGGUGCAACAUCCACCUAUACCAGAAGGACGAGAAGCACUGGUACCAGGAAAAAGAAAGUAGUCAAAGACCCAACUAUCCCACAUUUUGGCAUGGUACCAGCUCCAGUUGAAGAAACGAACAAUCCCAGUCAUUCCAUCAAAAAUAUCACAGGAAGUGUCGAUUCGGAUAAAGAUGUCGAUGAGACUAUCGAAGCUGAAGAAUAUCCAGUACCAUCUGCACUCAACAAAACAAAGAAUCCCACUCCUUCCAUCAAUAAAGUCAUAAGAAGGGCCAGUGCACCAGCUUCAAAAUCAUUAAGUGAAACCAGAAAAUUAGAAAUGAUUGCCGCUGCUGCAGAACAAGUUGAGAAGAACUCAAAGGUGGUUGAAGCAGUCCCUAUAAGCAUAAUUCCACCCGAUUGGAAUAUUGCUUCUACCACGGGGGGUUUACUGAUGCUAGAGAAAAAUGAAUGUACCAUGCCACCGCCUGCAAUCUCAAAGGAAGCUGAUGAGCUUGAUGAAGAGUUAACAAAGACAGUGGAAAAUAACAAAGACGACAUGGAGUUCUCAUUUUAUGAGAGGUUGGCUCUUGAACUUGAAGAACAAGGCCUUACUGUAGCAUCCCUGUUAGCAGUAAAAGCUUUUCAGUUCUUCAAAAACUACAUCGCAUGUGUGUUUCCAAGCAUAGAACUGGUCAGUACUCAAUACACCUUCACAGAGGUUAAGCUACCAUCGCAUAAGGACAAAACACCGAAUGGGGAAGAUUGUAGAAUAUACACAAUGCAUCACAUGGAGCGGUAUGAUGGUGGUGAGUACGAGGAUGGUACUACUUUGGAUUUUAACACAGGAAACAUCAAAGACUACUGGUGGAAAUACAUGAUAAGAAUCCUAAUGUACCCAGUCAACAAAAAUAAGAACAAAAUCCUCGAAGCAAUGCACCAAUUCUAUACAAAUACUGCUGAAGAAAAACAAAAAGAAAUUCCAGAUCAUGUUGAUUUGAGCAGCGAAUCUUACUACAAUGAUAGAAAAACUGAGGGAUAG